CUUCAGUGCAGGCUAGAUCAUCGCAACAGUUAUCUGCAGGGUAUGAACAUGAGGCAAAAUGGGAUGGAUAGAGCAGAGCCACAGAAAUAAGUUUCCAGUGUUUAUGAAUGCAUCAGAUGGACUGGUCCCAACUGUGGAGCCUGAGCUGGACCCCUGCAGUAACUACACUGAAGCUUGGCUGUGGCUGUCCUCCCUGCAGCCGGCCUACUUAGGUUUGAUCAGUGUCACUGGGCUGGUAGGGAAUGGUCUGGUUCUCUGUGUGUUCUGCCUACAAAGGAAGCCCUGUACUGUGGCUGAUGUCUACCUGGGGAACCUGGCAGCUGCUGACCUGGUGAUGAUGUCCUGCCUUCCCUUCUGGGCUGUUACCAUUGCCCGAGGCUACCAGUGGGACUUUGGAGAGGUCCUUUGUAAGCUAGUCAAUGUGGCCAUCUCUAUGAACUACAUCUGCAGUGUCCUGUUCCUCAUGCUGGUCAAUGUGGACCGCUACCUGGCUCUGGUGAAACCCAUGAGCCCCAGCCGUCUGAGGAGAGCUACCUGGGCUAAGCGUAUCUGCCUGGUGAUCUGGAGCCUUGGCUUCCUCUUCAGUCUGCCCAUCCUGCUCUUCCGCACAGUGACAUUCGUAGAGGACCCUGGUGUACAUGCUUGCAUUCUGGCCUACCCCCACUCAGCAUGGAGAUUGCUCCACAACAUUUCAAGGAACUUGCUGGGUUUUCUAAUCCCCGUUCUGGCAAUGGCUUACUGCACUCGUCACAUUGUGGCUGCACUGAAUGACCGUGGAGCAAGAGGACUCCCUGGGGUGAGGGCAGAGAGGAAGGCCACCUACUUGGUCCUGGCUGUGCUGGCGGUCUUCCUCUUCUGCUGGACACCACACCAGAUAAUGCGGUUUCUUGACACUCUGGAUUACUUCCAGGUCAUGCCUGGAUGCCUUUGGGGUCAUGUCCUGGACAUUGGGAUACAGCUGUCCACAUAUCUGGCAUAUAGCAACAGUGCUGUUACCCCCUUCCUGUUUGUCAUUGUGGGGAAGCACUUCAGGAGAAAGGCAAAAGAGGUGUUUGGAAAAACUCUAAAUCCCUGGUCAAAACACAUGACCUACCUGAGUGUGAGCUUCACCUCAAUGAAUAGACUCAAUGAAACACAGCGUCUAAGUAUUGAAAAAUCUUAAUCAUUACAAGUAUGUCAUGACCAGUUUCUGUAGAGACUUCCUCAAUAGUUAUACAGACUGUGAUUAAAAUAUGUAUGCAUUGAAAAACUUCAUUUUGAAAUAAAACUGUUCUAUGA